CCGGGGCUCCGCCGUGCCACAGAGACGAGCCGCGGCGGCGGCAGACACAGCCCUGGAGCGGGGCCGCGCCGCGCCGGGGGAGGCGGCGGAGGAUGGAGGAGGAGAUGCAGCCGGCGGAGGAGGGGCCCAGCACCCCCAAAAUCUACAAGCAGCGGGGCCCCUACAGCGUCCUGAAGACCUUCCCCGGGAAGCGGGCGGCGCUGGCCAAGCGCUAUGAGAGACCCACCAUGGUGGAGGUGCCCCGCGGGCGCGGAGCGGGGCAGCCCUUCCCGCACGCCGCCGAGCCGCUGCCCUACGCGUCGCACGGCCCCUUCCCCAACGGGCCCGCCCGCCCCGCCGCCGCCCCCGGCGCUGCCCAGGGCCACCCCCGCCCGCCGCCGCCGGCCCCGAGCUCCUCGGGCCGCUACGGCCCCUGCCCGGCGGCGGCGGGGGGCGGCGGCGCGGAGCUGAGCGCAGAGAGUCGAAUGAUUCUGGAUGCCUUUGCCCAACAAUGCAGCCGGGUUCUAAGUCUCUUAAAUUGUGGUGGAAAACUACUGGACAACAAUCACUCUCAGUCCAUGAUUUCUUGUAUAAAGCAGGAAAACCCAAAUUAUAGCGAAAGACAAGAGCAAUGUCAGCUUGGGAAAAUGGUCCAUAGUCAGACGUCAGACAUUUUAGACAUAGAGAUGCAGUAUAUGCAAAAGAAACAACAAACCUCAGCCUUUCUGAGAGUUUUUACUGAUUCCCUUCAGAACUAUUUGCUUUCUGGGAGCUUCCCUUCUCAGAACACCUCAUCAAUAAGUGAUUUUAGCCAUUUGGCAGAUGUGGAUCCACUUUCAACCUCUCCAGUACACACUUUAGGUGGAUGGACAUCUCCAGCAACAUCGGAAUCUCAUGGUCAUCCAUCGUCUUCUACACUUCCAGAGGAGGAGGAGGAGGAAGAAGAAGAAGGUUACUGCCCUCGGUGUCAAGAGCUAGAACAGGAGGUAAUUUCAUUGCAACAAGAAAAUGAGGAACUUCGUAGAAAGUUGGAGAGCAUUCCAGUGCCCUGCCAGACUGUUUUAGAUUAUUUGAAGACCGUACUUCAGCAUCACAACCAGCUUAUGGUACCACAGCCAACAGACCAUCCAACUGAGGGGAGUAAGCAGUUGCUGAACAACUACCCUGUCUACAUCACUAGUAAACAGUGGGACGAGGCUGUAAAUUCUUCCAAGAAAGAUGGACGACGGCUCCUGCGCUAUCUCAUCAGAUUUGUUUUCACAACCGAUGAGCUUAAGUACUCAUGCGGCCUUGGAAAAAGGAAAAGGUCAGUGCAGUCAGGAGAGACAGGUCCUGAAAGACGUCCUCUGGAUCCAGUAAAAGUAACAUGUCUCAGAGAGUUUAUUAGGAUGCAUUGUACUUCCAACCCGGACUGGUGGAUGCCAUCUGAAGAGCAAAUAAACAAGGUGUUCAGUGACGCAGUAGGACACGCUCGUCAGGGGCGUGCGGUGGGGACUUUCCUUCACAAUGGGAACUCAUAUUAUGAAGGGACUGACCAUCCAGGAUCACAGGAUGAAGUCUUCAAUAGAGGUAUGCAAGAUGGAUCUGGUGAUUGAUGGCAGUGAGAACCACCUCAUACAACAGUAGCAACCACUUAAUUUAGGAGAUACUAUUUGUUAAACAUACUUAACCCUGCUGUCAUUUAGGAGUCCAAAGCAUGUUUGAACACAUACUGCAUACAUUUCAGCUUCUCCAUCCUACCAUAUCCCAGUUAACAGAAAGAAAUCCAUUUCAAGUCCUUCUUAAUAAGACUUCUCAGUGCCUAUUAUCCAAAUACUUCAUAGCACACUCAAAGGAAAAGUGCAGUUCAUUUCAUCUAGUUGUAGAGAAAAGGUCAUUAAAAAACCUAAAAAUGUCAAAAGAAACAGUAGCUACUAUUUCAUCUGCCUAUUGAUAACAACUCCAGAUCUGGACCCAGAACAGCUGGGUGCUAUUUGCUUUCCCUGAGUAGGAGAUGUAAGAACAAGUCUGCACACUUACAACAAAAAGAAGUGGUCUCCCAUUUCCUAACAGAAAAGAACACAAUUAUAAAUGCUACCUUAAAAUACUGCACCAGAUGAAAAAUUCAGGGACUUCCUUAGGCAACUCUUCCAGGAAAUUAAGCUUCCGGGUAAAACAGCAGCACUCAUCAACAGCAGAAUCCUUCAAAGACCCAGAACAAUAACAGGCACUUCCAACAGCUAAAAAAUUGCAUUGUAUAUCAGAUAGACAGUAUAUUUAUCUAGAUUUCUAGAGGAGCAGAGUUGAUCAUGACAGUUUUCAUUAAAACAAGAUUGCUAAAAACAAAUUGCCAUUUCAGAAGACAGAUUUUCCAUUGCCUACUGCUAUUCUGCAGCCAUAUUGUAUAGCUUUAGAGGCUUCAAAUUGCCUUUUCUUGGUUUUGCUUUCAUUUGUGUUUUAUAUCCAUUCCUUGAAAAAGAUGAGACAAUGUGCUGGUUUUGCUCAGAGUUGGAUUCAGGGAGGGGUUGGGCAAGAAGAGCCUAGUUUAGACUUCUGUAUUUGAUAAACAUGCAGUCCGUACUAUCUGAGAGCUAUAAGAAAAGAGCUGUUAGAGCAGAAUUCACAACAGUGCACAACAUGGAAGCAGAUACCAGCUUUAAAAACAAAAAUCAGUCUACCAAAAACCUUUAAUUUUAAAGGUUUAGGAGUCCAUUGUCCCUCCAAAUUGAUGCACUCCAGAAAUAGGCAAUGCCAAAGAAAUUGUACCCUUUCCUUUCCACAUUGGGGUGUUUGCAUCUCCUUACCCUUGUCUGGUUGCUCAGGCCCAUGCAGGCAUCCUUUACAGCCUGAACCAGCUCUUCUUGAGACAACAUUUCCGCACUGGCAGGUACAGGGAACUGGUUUUUGUAAAGAAAGCUCACUUCACUUUUGACCAUCCUUAGUGCUACCUCAUCAGUGUCGACUCUCCUGAAUGCAUAUCUCACACUCCCCAGCUCUCCUCACCACCUUGUGCAAGCCAUGAGAAUAGCUACUAAUUGCUCCUUUUAUCCAUCUCCUCUCCUUCCCAACCUUCUCCCUGUGCACCAGGCAAGGCAGGAGGCACCCAGCCCCUUCCUCAGAGAUCAGGAAGGGCUCUCUGGAGCGCAGCGCUCCUCUAGUCCCAGGCAGGCCGCAGGGCUGCAGCCGUCUCUCAAAGCUCAGCUCACCCACACAAUAGCUUCUUCCUGCCAUCUGCCUCCUCUUUGCCUGCGAUCGUAACCGAUCUCUCAUGGCCCAUGGGGCAUCUCAGGACACAGGCUCCACCAUGCACUGCCACAGACAGGACCUCACUCAGCCAGGAUAUGCUUUAGGCCCUUAAAUGUCCAAUACCUCUCAGUUCAUUUUAAUUUUGGUGAUUUUUUAGAAAGGGGUUGAAAGGCACUCACUGGACCCAAAUUAACUAAUUUAUUUUCUAAAAGUCAAUUACCAAUUUAGUCACAUAGGACCUCACUAGAGCAAGGGGUUUGGAACUGCAUCCGCUCAUUACAGGCAGGAGGUGACUUUCUUGGAGCGAUCAACGGCACAUGGUGGCCUCUAGAGAAGAAAUUCAGUGUACAGAAAUGUCACAGUACAGAUAUCCUAUCGUAGCUUUUUGGUGUUGAACUUACACUUUUCUAAAAAGAAUUAUAAUAGAAGAUGUUACAUUGCUCAGAUGGUGUAAGUCUUGCUGGUCUAUGUUUAAUGUGGUGACACAUACCAGAACUAUUUGGUAAAACAUGUCAGAAUGUGUGAGUCAACAUUAUACUGUAAAUUUGUCCACAGCGAUAUGUAUCAUGCUGUAUUUUUGUAAACAUUGUGAUGGUUUCCUUUCAGAUAUUUAAUUGUAUGAUGUUAAAAUACAAACAUUUCAUUUUUAACAGUCUCAGAACAGAUUAACUGGACUGGACAGACCUCUCAUGUAAUGACCUAAGGAUUUGCUGAAAUAACCAGUAAGCUUAGCUUUAUUUUUAGUGUAAAAAGUGUAGCCAGCAUCAUGGAACCACUCACAAUCCUCUACUCUCGUAUUGUGCAAAAUAACCAAAAGUAUAGUAUCAUCCUGAAAGCCAUUUUGGCAGUAGAAAUGGCUUUGCUCGUUUGGACCUUUCUUUACAAACAAAAUUUUGCCCUCAAUUGCUUAUGUGCACUGGCCAGUGACAUGAAUCAUAGUCACAGACAGGCAUUAACAGACACCAGCUCAUAUUUUUGUUCAUGUUUGGUUUUAAAGUAACAGAGUAUAAAAAACUUUUCUCAGUUGUCUGUCUUCAAUUGCCAUCAUGACCACUUGACCCACCCAUUUCAUUUUAAAAACCCAAAAAUUUCCACAACAGCUUAUUCCAGUUAUUUUUUUCAUGAGGUAUUAUAAAUUCAUACACAUUGAAGUGUCUAAAUAUCCACAAGAUGUUAGGUAUAAUACUAUGGGACCUGAAAUUAUAGAUAGCACAUAAGCCUUUGCAGGGUGAGAUAUCCAUAUUUAAGCAGUGUGCUUUGUAAGCCAGCACAUCCCUUCCCAGCUCUGGAUGUAGACAGCAGGCUUGCAACAGAAGGAAACUGCUAUCUAUCAUGUCACUCCAGAAAGUCCCAGGAGGAUAGAGAUUCUUGUCUUAUCCUUCCAUACGCUUUAAUUUUACUGUCAUUUAUGUAUCUGCCUUCUCUCAAACUUUGUGUAGCAGUACCGCACGCCCAUCUGUGCCAACAUGCCUUUGCUAUAUUUUCUAUGACAAAUAUUUGUGGAGAAACUGUGAUUAAAAAAAACAUUAAUCCUGAUAUUUUUAUUGUUAUGGUGUAGUUAAUUCUAUGAAUACUUUCUAAUGAUGAUUGUACUGUGUAAAGUAAGUACAGGUUAGGGAUAGACCUUUAUCAGAUAUUGUACAAAAAAAAAAGUGCAUAGUGUAAUAUAGACUAGUAAGGUUUUUGUGACAAUUUCUAUAGGAUGUGUGAAUUGUUUUCUAUGUGGCAACACACAUUUCUUUUAAAGAAUAUAAAAUCUUAGAGAAUUUUUUAAACAGUCAAUAUUUUUUAAUUAUAAAGACAUUUGUUACCUACAGUUUACUAUUUCAGGUGUUAAUUCUUAUUUGAAUAUUGGUUUUAUUACUACAUACCUCCAGUUCCAUUUGUUCUGUUGCAUAAAAAUGCACAAUAAAAGUUAGUCUCUGGUUAA